AUGAUAAAUAAAUGUAGACAUUUAAAAUUAUUUCUUCAAAUUUCAAAGGCUUAUAACAAAAGGGAUAAUGAUACUAUAUUAAGUUUUAGAAAAAUAAUACCAAACAAUUUUAAUAUUUGUUUUUUUCAAAUAUGUCGAAAUAGAUCCUUUUCUACAUCUACAAAUAAUAGUACUUACGAUAUUUUUGAUAAAAUAAAAGAUUCUAAUAAUAAUACCAUUCCAAAUGAUGAAAUAGAAAAUAAGUUUACAAAAAAAAGAAAGCCUUCAAAAAAAGUAUUAAAAUUAGUCGAUGAUAUAUUGAAUUUAACAUUAAUUGAAGCAGCCGAUUUAUGUGAUAUGUGUCAAGAAAAGCUCGAAGGAAAUAAACAAUUUAAUAAUGGAUAUUUUAUAAAUCGAAACCCAUUUCCACAUCCUUUAUCUUUUUUUGAAGCUUCAAAUGUGCAUCAAAUAAAUGGAGGAAUUAAUAUUCCAACAUCAAACAUAACCAAUGCAUCUACUAAUGUGGAAAAUGCGAUUCCCGAUAUAAAACAAACUAAUGAAAUUGGAAAAACAGAAGAAAAAAAAAAUCAAACAAAAACAACUUUUAAUAUAAAACUAGAAAAAUUUGAUGUUAAAAAUAAAAUUAACACUAUUAAAGAAAUUCGAAAAAUAACAAAUGUUGGAUUAAAGGAAGCUAAAGAAAUGGUGGAAAGCGCCCCCUUUUACAUACAAAAGAAUGCCCCGGCAGAGCAAGCCGACGAAAUUAAAAAAAUUUUUGAAGAUCUCGGAGCAACUAUAAUUUUAGAAUAA